AUGUCCACAGAGAUUUUCAAUCCAAACCCGACUAUCUUUGCACCUGCAAAAUCCACACGUGCGGUCCCAUCAUAUGCGAAGGGGCAUGGUCUGUGGCUAGACGAGGGGGUACGCGACGUGCAGGAGGAGGACGAUUCGCCUGACGUGGAGGUGAUUGAUCAGGACGAGAUUUUCGAGCUCAUCCGUUCUAUUUCUGACCCCGAGCAUCGAAGCAUGACGCUGGAACAACUUGCAGUUGUCUCUGCACCUCAGAUUUCGUUUGACCCUCAAGUUCCUGAUCGGUUGAUGGUAGAAUUCACGCCGACCGUACCACACUGCGGAAUGAGCACAUUUAUUGGGCUUUCCAUUAGGGUGAGGCUUUUGCGGAGUCUACCACAGCGGUUCAAGGUGGACGUACGCGUCAAGCCAGGGUCGCAUCAGAGCGAGCAUGCCCUAAACAAACAGCUGAACGAUAAAGAGCGUGUUGCCGCUGCCCUGGAGAAUCCCGCUUUACUCGAAGUACUUGAGCAGUGUCUUUCGACUGCAGGGCAGGGUUCCGAUGCCAUCGUUGUAUGA